ACGCCGGAAAUGCCGAGCAUACAGGAUACACAGUCCUCGAAUCUCAGAUCGUGCUAGCACUGCUGAGGCCCUCCUUUGCUCACCAGUCUUACCUCCGGCCGAGUCUCAGCCGACUUCUGCCGGUUUGCUCUGGGACCGGAACCUGAGAAGUGAGAGAGUCCGGUUCUCCCCUUCCCCCCGAUUGUCAAACCCAAUGUGAGAAGAAGAGCACUGACACUGGAGGUAGAUGCAGACAUUGUCCAGGUCCAGCACAUACCAUCACUCGGCAGCGUAAUGCAAAUUAAGCAGAGUAAGCGUUUUGCAUGUAUCGCAUCUAGUGGUUUCUAUGACAUUGCUCAGAGCGCUAUUGUACUCUUCCGUUCCCCGGUGAGGUCGCCCUGCUGGGUGACGUCCAGGGUCUUGACCACUCGCGCAGGGUUUCCUAGGGCAACAGAAAAGUCUGGUAUGUCCCUUGUGACGACGCUGCCCGCCCCAAUGGUACAGCCACGGCCGAUUGUCACUCCCGCCCUACAAGAGAUGAAGCGAAGAGCCGUGGUCAAUGACUUGAGCUGUAGUGCAGUGCAGCACUGGACGCUAGCCUCGAGCGUCUGAACUCACAUGAUGCAGCUGUUCCCUCCUAC